GCGAAAUCAUGAUCUCCGCGGCCGAUCGGAAGAAGCUGUUUAAGUCUAAGGCGCGCGCGGAGUCCAGCCAAGAACGGCCUCCGCUCCCAACUCCCGCACCAUCUGCCGAGCAUGCCCAGGCGAGGAAGAAGCGCAAGGAGGUGAGCUCCUCGGCGGAAGGGGCUUCGCUGAGCGGGGCAAGGUCUCCACCCUCGCGCUCGGUGGACUGCGGGAACCCGACCUUCGUGAAGGACCUCGCCUCCACUCUCUUGCUCGAGUUGGGCUCGGUGGCCAUGCGCGCCCCAGAGCUGGUGGAGCGCUUCGAAUGGUAUGUGGCGGAGAAGGCCAAAGGUGAAGAGGAGCUUCGGAGGGUACAGGAGCACGUGGCUGGCCUCGAGGGGAAGCUCGCUGCGGAGGAGCGGGUCUGGGCCGCGGAGCAGGCACGCGCUGCUGCCGAGGAGGAAGCGCGUCGUCUUGAUGGGGAGGCCGAGCAUGUAAUUGAGGCCUUUCAGACCUCCCCUGCGUUCGAGGAGGCGGCUCUCUCCCGCAUGGACGAUCUCUUGAAGAUCUGGGCUCAAACUCCGGCCGGCCAGCGUCUCCUUUUCAAAGAAGGGCAAGCCAACUAUUCCCUGGGGCUGCAACAGGCUCAAGAGGUUCUGCUCGAGCGGAUCCAAAAGGGGAAAGAACUCCCGAAGCCAUGCGAGAACCCUGAGGAGUUUGACUCAUCCAUCUACUACUACUCUGAGGACGAGGACGCCAAUGGCGGGGGCGAGGACACCGCCGGUAACUGAACGCAGCUGGGCCCACCGAUGAACUCCACCCUUAGUUUUUUUUCCUUUGAUGUAAUGUUUCUGCGCUCGAACAAUGUAUUUUGCACCGCGCAACUAUCACCCUUGACUCUUCGUGGUUUGUGAUGCCUAUCGUUUUGCUUCGUCUUUAAUUGUAUUUCCGCGAUUGUUUUGGAGGCCGAACGGCCGCUGCCGGGGCGCUU